CACUAUUACCGUUAGCUCCACUUGGAUCUACUAGGGAAUGAAUCUCCCAAAGAUGAUAGUUACCCAUCUUUGUGUGGGUAUGCCUCCCCCGGCCAAUCUUCGGCAAAUUCUCGGCCAACAUUUCCCAAUCAUCAUUCAUCGCCAUCCGCAAUGAGACAUCCCAAAGUCAGCACACCCUUUCGUCAUGGCCUCCUCCGUCCGCGUGCCGACGAUACGGCACCUCCUCCGCCAGCCUCUCCCGAACCCACAACUCUGCCAGCGCCGCUGGGCCCAAGUCCACAAUGUCCGCCGCUUCGUCUCCACCGACGCCGUCCAGCAGCGCAUCCUGGCCAAGUAUCGGGAUAAGCUAGAGAGCAAGGCUCGCGAGGAGGGACUGCAGGAUGUCUCGCAGCUUAAAGAGGUAUACAAGGAGAAGAUAGAACGCCUGCGGAAGGAAGCCGCCGUCCCUGGAGCCACAGCGCCGCUCACACCUCCGCCCUCCUCCUCGUCACCUUCUCCAACUUCCACACCCGCAUCAUCAUCGCCACCACCCGCCUCCAAGACACAAUCGCCAUGGCCGGCUCCCCCUCCACCUCCGUCGCCCAAUGCCGCUCCGAAACCUCCCCCAGGCGUGAAAACCCUCAACUCCUUCCUCGACAUGUCCAAGAUCUCUGCGCUUCCCCAGAAAGAGAUCGAAGUACUAUGGCGCCUCCGACACGCCUCGAAUCCACAAUCGGUACACUUCCACAUGCCAUCCACAACCUUUAAUACCCUCCUCACGACCGCAAAGAAACACCCUACAUUCGUCGUUCCCCUGCCUAAACAGGUUCCCGCAGAGGAGACUACCUCGUCUGAGGCACCGAAGCAAGCCGCGGAAUUACAUUACCUUCAGUUCGGACAUCCUCACCCGGACACAACGACCCUGCUCUUCACUUCGCUUGCCGAGUUCAAGCUACGGGGCGAAUUCGCGAGUCCUCAUACGACUAUUACUUUUCACUCUGAGCUGGCUGGCAGCCACGGCCUAGUGCUGGGCCAGGGAACCGUCAUGGAGAAUAGGGGAGUUACAGUAGAUGAAGCCCGCUGGUUAGUCAUGUGCAUGCAGAAGUUCUACGUCGUGGGAGAAGAGGGGAAGGGCAGAGGCGAGCUCCUGGAGAUGUUCACCCGUGGUGACGGUGGCUUCAAGGUCGAACGCCUUCUUGAAGAGGCUGAGAAGCUUGUUUAAUUAGCGAUGUUUUGUUACUGUUCUUUCUACGUGUAAUAACACCAUGUAACUGGCGAAAUUUUCCCCGCCAUCUUCCUGGCCUACGGGGGCUGGCAACACGAGGAUCGGGAUAGGAUCCAGGAGUUGAAAAUCGUAGCAUGGUUCCAGUUCCAGGCGUCAGGAGGCUUAGAGGAAAUGCAUCAAGUACACAUAUGAUUGUCCAUUCUUCUAU